GGCUUCAAACACACUGCAUUCACAAGUGAUGGCUGCAUCCAGCUUGUAUUGCUUCACCUUGCCCCAAGAAGACCCAGGACAGGCAUCAGCCAUGCGGAUCCUCUACCUGCUCUUCCCCUUCUUCCUCCUGUUGGUCCACGGUGCUGCAGGAUCCUCCUUGGGACCAACAAAUAAGGAAGAAUGUGAGAAAUCAGAGGGGUACUGUGGAUUUCUGAAUUGUAAAUUCCCCUUUGUCAUCAAUGGACGAUGUUCCAGGUUCUUCUAUUGCUGCAAAAAUUCGUGGGGUUGAGACCCUGAAAUUCUUGAGAAGAACAUCCCAUUCGCUUCUGGCUCCUGAAAAUCCCCUGCUGAUGUCCCCUCUCGUCCCUGCCUGUACCAUGGCCAGCUGGGGUGACAGCAGCAGUGGCAGCUGCUCCUGCUGGCUGCUGCUGGGCUGGAGCCCUGUGGUGCCAACCCCGCUGUCUUUGGGGCAGGGGCUGCUUUUCCCAGCUUGAAUAAAGACGAGCACUUUGGCAUUGCA